CUUGUUCUUUUAAUAUAUAUGGGAUGAACUCAAUGAAAAGGAUUUAUACAGCUUCCUUUUGACAAACUUCAGUUCAGAACAUUAUUAAGACUUGUAACAUCCUGGUUGGUCAACAUCUUGUAUGUGGCCAGCUAAGGCUAAUCAUCAAAAAUUGACUUGUUCUUUUAAUAUAUAUGGGAUGAACUCAAUGAAAAGGAUUUAUACAGCUUCCUUUUGACAGUUGCAUCAUGCUGUUUCUUGAUCAAUGUCAUAGGAAUGCAAGUUUCUCAUCAUUGAACAACAAACAUGAUAACCUUAACUUAAAAGUUGAGUAUACACCAAUACUAAAAGUGUACCUUUUCAUGACAGCCAGUUUUACAUUCAAGAUGAAAUCAUGCGUAGAUUUUGAUGAAGUGAUUCCAUUUUAUUACUAUUUGUGAUAUUGUUUGUUGUCCUGUUCUGUUGUUUAAUUAGCUGUCCAAAUAAUAAAUAAAUAAAUGUCUCAAUUGCCGUCUGAAUCAUGUACUGUUAUCACGAAAUGACACAGAUCAAAACAACAUGCAUAGAAACAUCCGUGAUAGGGAUUUUUUUUAUGGAAUAGUUUAUUUUCAUUUCACAUAUCAUCCAACUCCACAUUCUCUACAAGUUGACUCGUCCAAACUCUUGUGCCACUCACAUUUGCUUCCAGGCUCUAGCAUUAGUUUUCUUUCAAGUCUUCUUUCUCAGCAAUGGGAGAUGAGGUGAUUCUGCUGAAUUUCUGGUUAAGCCCUUAUGGGAUGAGGGUCCGGAUUGCAUUAGAAGAAAAGGGCAUCAAGUAUGAGAGUAGAGAAGAGGACUUAAGCAACAAGAGCUCUUUACUCCUCCAAAUGAACGCAGUUCAUAAGAAAAUACCAGUUCUCAUCCACAAUGGCAAACCUGUCUGUGAGUCACUCAUUAUUGUUGAGUAUAUUGAUGAGGUUUGGAAUGAUCAAUCUCCCUUGUUGCCAUCUGAUCCUUACCAGAGAAACCAAGCUAGAUUCUGGGCUAACUAUGUUGACACUAAGAUGUAUGAAAUUGCCUUGAAGUUUUGGAGAACUGAAGGGGAAGAGAAAGAAGCUGCGAAGGAAGAAUUUUCGGAGUGUCUGGAGUUAUUUGAAGAACAACUGGGGGACAAACCUUAUUUUGGUGGAGACAACCUUGGUCUUGUGGAUGUUGUACUUGUUCCAUUGAUCUGUUAUUUUUACGUGUAUAAUUUAUAUGGCAAUUUCAUCAACGAGAACAAGUUCCCGAAAAUCAUUGCUUGGGCUAAGAGGUGCACUCAAAAAGAGAGUGUUUCAAAGUGUUUUCCUGAGGUGCAGAGGGUCAAAGAGUUUAUUUCGCAGAAGAAAAAGAAUUUGAACAGUGAGUAGACUAGAGGAAGGGUGCUGUGCUGCCUAUAGGAAAAUAUUGCCUCUAGUUACAUGUGUGCUCUAUCUUAUGAAUAAUAGCAUUACAAAACUGCACUUAGAUGUGCUUUUGGCUUUGGUUGCUACUUAUGCUUUUUCUAAUGGAUAUUUGUGGCCUUAUGCAA